GAGUUAGUCAGCAGUGGGAGCAGUCGAAGAGGAUGUUCUUUCAGCCGCUCGUGUAUGCCUCGGGGUAUCUCGUCCUCCUGUUCCUCGCCAUCUGCAUGGCUUGCGGCCUCUACUACAUGGCUGAGCUGGCAGAAGAGUACUCUAGACUGACCAAGAAGGUCCUCAAGUACUCCAUCUGGGUCGUCCUGGCCAUUCACGGGCUCCUUCUUGUAUUGGACGGGUUCCCUUUCUUCACCACGAUGUUUGGGAUUGCGCUGCAUGUUGUUUACUAUCAGUUCCUCAAAGAUUUCCCUUUCGUGAAUUUCUCCUCUCCUCUCUUCCUGGGAGCGUGCGCUGGCCUUCUGGUCAACCAUUGGCUCUGGAUCGUCUACUUCCGCGAGCAGUACCAGUACCGCGUGCCUCAGAUCAUGGCCUUCUUCGUUCCUUGCGUCUGGCUUGUUCCCUUCGGCUUCUUCGUCUCCGUCUCGUUGGGUGAUACGGUUCUGCCAUCAGCAACUCAUUCUGGAGGUUUGGGGGUGAAGCAAGAAGGACAGAACAAAGCCUCGGCACUGAAGGGAUUGUUGCAAUGGUUUGGCAGCAAGAGGGACAUUUUCAUGUCAAACACAGGAAUGCAACCAUCAAGGGAUUACUAUGGAAAAAGUUUCUGAUAGCAUCAUAGCAAUAAACUCUCCUGAAAACAUC